AUGGCUCAGAGUGAGUUAUAGCAAUUUUCGACUUCGGGAUCGUUUUCAGCAUGGUCGAAUUACUAUAUUUCACUAUGUUUCAUCAGAAGUUAAUUUCAGAACCCUUUUUACUUCCCUUGUAAGCUACAAAUUUAAAAAACAUAGAUUUACUUAUCGAAAAAUUGCGACUUGGAUAAGUCGACCCUCCUGAACAACGUCAUUAUUCAGUGUCGAUAAAAUAUUUUUGACAUGAGGACUGCGUUUUCUUAAAUUUAAAAACUGCGUUUUCUUAAAUUUAUCCAACUUUUUGCACUUUUUGUCACACCUCGGCCAAUCUGUGGCUGGCCGGAGUACACUUUUGAAAAAUUUUGAAUUGCAGUUUUCAGAGGUCAAAAAUUGACGAAUUCAGAGUUUUUAGAGGUCAAACACUGAAAAAUUCACAGUUUUCAUACUGUAAAAAGUUCACGUACAAUUUCUUAUUUUGAAAACCAUGAUUUUGGCCGAGGUGUGAUUUUUGUUGAGCAGCAAAAACUGAAAACUUGAUCUUUGUGAGGUACUUAAUUGACACAUGAGCUCAUCCCUGAAGGAUACUUUCGGCAUCCUUAAAGGACCCUUUUUCCAACUGCGUUUGUAAUCGAUAUAAAUUGGCGACGUGGCAACUACAAAUUGACACGUGUCAAUUGUCAUUCCGAAAAUUCGAAAGGUGUUUAUUGUCUACAGAAUGACGAUGAGAAAAUCGUAUCGGGACUCCGCGACAAUACCAUCAAAAUAUGGGAUCGAAAAGACUAUUUGUGUCGAAUGACGUUGACCGGACAUACGGGAAGUGUUUUGUGUUUGCAGUAAGAUAAUCGGGUCAUUAUUUUGGGUAUGUUGGGAUUUUAGGGGAAAUUUGAAUUUUUGAAAAGAUUUGGAGCUUUUGGAGACCAAACUUAUGUGGUUUUCAUGGAAAAUUGAAUUUUGGGAGAGAUUUGAAGCUUUUUGAGACCAAGUUCGGCUGAUUUUGAUGAAAAUGGGUAUUGCUCAUGUUAAUUUUUUUGACACCAGAUUUGACCUAUUUUCAAUAAAAAUUCAGCAUUGCUUAUGUUAUUUUUUGAAUUUUUCAUGAAAUUUGGAGCUUUUCGACACAUACAUUGAUAUAUUCGGAUGAAAAUUUGAGCAUUGCUCAUGUUAGUUUUGGAAUUUACUCUAUUUCAAUGAAAAUUGAGCAUUACUCAUGUUAAUUUCUCCAUUUUUUUCAACUCCAAAAAUAAUCGAUUUUGGUGUCGAAAUACUCGAAAUUUCAAUAUAACGGCAAUAAUUAACAUGAUCAAUGCUCAAAAAAAAUUUUAAGUGGCAAAAUUUCACCCCAAAUUUUAUCCAGGUUCAUCAGACGCCACAGUACGUGUUUGGGACGUGGAAACCGGUGAUUGUCUCAAAACUCUGAUUCAUCAUUGUGAAGCUGUUCUUCAUUUGAGAUUCAGCAAUGGAACUAUGGUCACUUGGUGGGUUUUUCGGGGGAUUUCAACGAUUCUCGAGGGCUCCAUGGGAUUUCUGAGAUCCUAGCGAGAAUUUUGAGCACAAACAGGGUAUAUUUUGGUGCUUCUCAGAACCUAGAAAAUCUUAAAAAUCACUGAAAUCCCAAUUUUUGGGCUCAAAAUGCUUCAUUUUUAUUGAACCUUAUGAAAAUUCACAUUUCGAGCUCAAAAUAAUCCAUAGAGCUUCAGGAACCUGAUUUUAAUAUAGGUUAAGCUCUAAACUUCCACCAGCUUUUAAAUUACCCAGAAAAUUGUGAGAUUCAUCAAAACUUAUCAUGUUUGGGCUCGAAAUGCUUCAUUUUCACUGAAAAACUCAAAAAUCACUAUUUAUAGCUUAAAAUUUGAUUUUGAAUUCCAAGAACUUUAUUUCACCCUAGAAAACUUCGAAGUGCUGUAAAAUUUUUCACAGCUUUUCAUAUUUGGAUUCAAAAUCUUCCAUUUUCACUGAAUCUUCUGAAAAUCCCGAUUUCCAGCUCAAAAGAUCGAUCAAUAGCCGUCUGGGACAUGGUCUCGGCACGAGAAAUCAAUAUUCGCCGAGUUUUGGCCGGACAUCGAGCCGCUGUAAAUGUUGUCGAUUUCGAUGAUCGCUAUAUUGUCAGUGCCAGCGGAGAUCGAACAAUCAAAGUUUGGUCGAUGGACACGCUGGAAUUUUUGCGAACUUUGUCCGGACAUCGAAGAGGAAUCGCUUGUUUACAAUAUCGUGGAAGAUUGGUUGUUAGUGGAAGUAGUGAUAAUACUAUUAGGUGAGUUUUUUGAGAAAUUUGCCAAAUUUUGACAUAAAAUUCAAUGAUUUUGGCCAAAAAUAACCCUAGAGUUGAUUUUCCUGAUUUUUAUGAGAUUCCUGGAAGAAUUUCAGGAAUUUUGACACCCAAUUUAGUAUAUUUCGCACAAAUUAUCAUUUUUGAGCUCUUUCGAGCUCUAAUUCUUAACCUUUUUGAAACUUUGGCUUUUUUGGGAUUCCUGAGAGAAUUUUAGGAAUAUUGAUAUAGAAUUUGAUAUAUGGCUCGAAAAUAAGGAUUUUUGAGCUCUGUGAAGUACUGAUUCUUGAUUUUCCCUGAAAAUUUGGAUUUUUUGAGGUUCCUGAGAGAAUUUCACGAAUUUUGAGAUGGAUUUUGAAUUAGGGCUAAAAAUUGUGAUUUUUGGGAUAUUUUGAGCUCUAAUUUAAUUUAAUUUUUAUUUUUAUUUACGCUGCGGAAAGGCAAACGUGUGAAAAUGAAAAACAUCAAGAGUAAAAACUUUGAGAUUAGGCAAGUAUUCGACAAGAAAGUGAUAAUUGGGAUUAAAAAAAAGAGUAAAAUGCAAAGGGCAAAAUAAAAUUAAGAAUCAUGCAAGUGGUAGUGAGAUGGGGAAAAAAAGAAAGAAAAAAAAGGGGAGAUUGAGAGUCGGGAAUACGCGUUUUGGGUUGUUUUUAUGAGAUUUGAGUAUUGUUUUUGAAUUUUUAGGUGGUGACUCAACUUAAUCUGAUAUGUUUAAACUGCUGCAAAUACUGGAAUGUAAUAGGUGUCUAGCUGUUGGGUUCAGCUUUUUUAAAUGCUCAUUGAAGAGCGGUAUUGUUCUUGACACAAAGAACUUUCCCCUAUGCGAAGUCUUCGCCCUUUCCGUCGAGAUGCUGAAUUUUGAUCUACAUUUCGAAUUUUGGAAAGAGAAAAGCCUACGCCACCGAAUUUUGGUUUUAUUCAACAAGAUUUUCCCGAAAACUUUGAGAUCAAGCAGUGUUCUUCUUACCGAUAGCGGUUGAAGAUUGAAAAGUGUUAGACGCUGAGAAUAUUUGAGGGCGUCGGGAUCAUUGUACCGAAUUAUUCUACCCUUAACACGAUUGUAGAGUUUACGAGUGAAAUUUUUCUGAACAUUUUCGAUGGAAUUAGACAGUUUUUGGGUUUUUGGUGAGGAAACUGGAGUUCCAUACUCGAGCAGGGAUCGAAUAUGACUUUUGUAGAUAGUUAUGAAAAAUGCUGGCUUUUUGCUUGAGAAACACUUGAAUAUAAGGUAUAUUAGAGAGUUUGCCCUAGAGAUGAGUUGCUUCCAGUGCUCUUCAAACGAUAAUUUAGGAGAGAUAAAAAAGCCUAGGUCUCUAAUCACACUUUCCCGCUGAAUUGUAUUGCCACAAACAAAAUAAUCCACCUUUAUGGGUUUGUUUUUGAGUGAGAUUGUUUUGGUUUUACCAGAAUUUAGUGGCAGUUUGUUGAUUUGGGACCAGGUGACUAUAGAAUCUAUGGCUUUUUGGAGAUUACUAGAAGAAGAGUUUUCCGCGUAGAUUUUUAGAUCGUCCGCGAAUUGCGAAAUAGUUACUCCUGGAAAUGUAAUGGAACUAGAAAUAUCAUUGACAUAGAUAGCAAAUAAAAGUGGCGAAAGUACGCCCCCUUGGGGGACGCCCGAUAUAAUUGGAUAAGUAUUAGAGAAACAAGAGCCAACUUUUACUGUAAAAGAUCUAUCUGUCAAAAAUUCUUUUAUCCAAAGCCAGAAGUUUCUGUGAAUUUUAAUCUUUCUAAAUUUUUCCAACAGAAUAUAAUGAUCUACUCUAUCGAAUGCCUUAGAAAAAUCGAAAUAAACUAUGUCUAUCUGUUUGGAAUUAUCUAAAGAGCGGGUCCAAUCAUUCAUACAUUCCAACAUUUGAGUUGUUGUUGACUUGCCUGGUCGAAAACCAUGCUGGCUAUCCGAUAGUAUUUCUUGAUCGUCGAGAAUUUUGACGAGUUUUUUUUUCAAGAACCGUUCAUAAAUACGACAUAGUUGACUGGUUAUUGAAAUGGGCCUGUAUUUGUUUGAACAUGAUGCAUUUUUUUCCUUCGGAAUGGGAGUUACUAUGGAAUGUUUCCAUCGUGAUGGAAUUUUUCCAUGCAUCAUUGAUAAAUUAAAUAUGUGAGAAAGUGGAGCCGCUAACCAGUCAGAGCACAAUUUCAUAAAAGUGAACGGAAUACCAUCGGAUGUCAGCGUGUUACUUGAUUUGGUUUUUUAAGCGCGUCAACAACAUCAGAAUAUAGGAUCCAGGGCAUUUCCGAACCAUCAGAUGUAUCUGGGGGGUGAAUGUCGGUCAAAUUUCCCGACACUUCUGACGCGUAAGAAUUAAAGAAAAAUUUCGCCAAAUUUUCAGAUAUAUCCAAUGGUUCAGUCAAUAUUAUACCUGCUUGUUCAUCAACUAAUUUGAUGAUUUCAGGCUUGGUUUUGAGCCGCGUAUUUACGAACUUAUAGAAUUUCUUACUACCUAGUCGGGAAGCAACUUUCUCUUCUAUGGACUUUGGUUUUUCCUAAACAUUUGGAUUUUCGGUAGAGAUUGCUCCAAAAGCUCCCAAGAUUCUCAAAAACACAUUUUUGCUCCAGACCUAACUAAAUUUGUGCUCAAAAUGCUCCUGGAGCCUUCAGGAUUCUGAAAAUCACAUUUCUGGUCCAAAACUGUCCAAAUUUGGGCUCAAAAUGCUCUUGGAGAUGUCAGGAUUCUGAAUAUCACAUUUCUGGUCCAAAAUAUAUCAUAUUUGGGCUCAAAAUGCUCCUGGAGUCUUAAGGAUUUUGAAAAUCACAUUUUCGAACAGAAACGAACUGAAUUUGGGCUCUAUUUGCUCCUGGAGCUGUCAAGAUUCUGAAAAUCUCAAUUUUUUUCUAAAUUUAGUCGAAUUUAGGCUCAAAAUGCUCCGAAAGCCUUCAGGAUUCUGAAAAUCACUUUUUUUUUUCAAAUUUAGUCAAAUUUGGGCUCAAAAUGCUCCCCAAAACCCUCUAUUUUUUGCAGACUUUGGAAUAUCCAUUCUGGAGUAUGUUUACCAGUUCUCGAAGGUCACGAAGAAUUGGUCCGAUGCAUCCGCUUUGAUGAUAAACGCAUCGUUUCCGGAGCCUACGACGGAAAAAUCAAAGUUUGGGAUUUGAAAGCGGCGCUGGAUCCGCGAAGUAUGCCCGGAGAUAUUUGUCUUUCGUCACUCAUGCAACACACUGGCAGAGUAUUCAGAUUGCAAUUUGAUGAUUUUCAAAUAGUUUCGAGCUCACAUGAUGAUACCAUUUUGAUUUGGGACUUUUUGGAUGCGCCGAUUGAGGGAACACCACCGACUGGUGUGAGUUUUCCAGAUUUUUAG